CAUCUGCCUGCGUGUCGUUUCUUGAAAUGGGAAACGGCGUUGACAGCGUCCCGUGCCUGAAACACAUUUUCGAUAUGUGAAAGUAUUAUUAUAUUAUAUGAAUAUUGUGAAUAUUAGAUAUAUAUAUAUAUAUAUAUAUAUAUGCAUAUAUUCGCAAUUUUGUUUCCCCCUCUCUCUCUCUCAGUAUCUGUAUGAUCUUCACUCUAAGAAUCCCCUCUCCCGUUAAUUCUCCAUCUCUCUAAUAUACCUCGAUUUCUCUCUAAAUUUGAAUUUCUGAACCCUUGGUGCUCGGCCAUGGCGAUUUCUGCGGCUGCUCUUGUCGUUCCGUUGGGCGUUCUCUUUCUUUUCUCCGGUCUUGUUGUCAAUCUUAUUCAGGCGAUCUUUUUUGUCCUUGUUCGGCCAUUUUCAAAGAAUACAUACAGAAGGAUUAACAGAGUGGUGGCAGAGUUAUUGUGGGUGGAACUCGUAUGGCUCAUUGAUUGGUGGGCAGGGGUGAAGAUUCAAGUAUAUACAGAUUCAGAAACCUUUCAAUUAAUGGGUAAAGAACACGCACUUGUCAUAUGUAAUCACAGAAGCGACAUUGAUUGGCUUGUUGGAUGGGUUCUAGCUCAGAGAUCAGGUUGCCUCGGUAGCGCAUUAGCUGUAAUGAAGAAAUCAUCAAAAUUCCUUCCGGUUAUAGGUUGGUCAAUGUGGUUUUCUGAGUAUCUUUUUCUUGAAAGAAGCUGGGCCAAGGAUGAAAACACAUUAAAGUCAGGUCUUCAACGGCUAAGGGAUUUUCCUCAGCCCUUCUGGUUGGCACUUUUUGUAGAGGGGACUCGCUUUACACGGGCAAAGCUUUUAGCUGCUCAAGAAUAUGCGACUUCAACGGGGUUGCCUGUUCCUAGGAAUGUUUUGAUUCCUCGUACUAAGGGUUUUGUUACUGCAGUAAGUCACAUGCGUUCAUUUGUUCCAGCCAUUUAUGAUGUAACAGUUGCUAUUCCUGUAAAUUCCCCUGCACCGACAAUGCUUAGGCUCUUUAAGGGGCAACCAUCUGUGGUGCAUGUUCACCUCAAGCGGCAUUUAAUGAAGGAUUUGCCCGACGAAGAAGAUGCUGUUGCACAAUGGUGUAGAGAUGUAUUUCUGGCCAAGGAUAAGUUAUUGGACAAGCAUAUAGCUGAGAACACCUUUGGUGACCAAGAAUUGCAAGAUACUGGACGGCCAAUGAAAUCUCUUUUGGUUGUUGUCUCUUGGGCAUGUCUGCUUAUUUUGGGAGCCUCGAAAUUCUGCCAGUGGUCUUCUCUCCUAUCAUCAUGGAAGGGUCUCACAUUCUCGGCAAUUGGCUUGGCCAUUGUUACGGCCCUUAUGCACAUAUUGAUUCAAUUCUCACAGGCGGAGCGUUCAACCCCUGCCAAGGUUGCUCCAUUGAAGUCCAAGAAUGAGGCAAAACACUCAGAAACAGGUCGAGAAAAACAGCAGUAAGUCAGUCACAGGGUUGUUUCCCUACUCUUUCAUGGCAUCAUCAGCAUCCCCAUUAAUAGUGUUUUCGUUUUGUGAACAAAUAUGAUGUAAUGUAUUUUGCUUCUUUCUUACCUUAGUUUUUACAGAUUGUAGCCAUAUCAAUUCAUCUAAUAAGGGUAUUUUUGUAUUUCUUUUAAA